GAAAUAAUCACAUAGAACAAUGUCUGACUCAAUACAGCUACUUCUAUAUGCAUCGUUUUUUAUAUUGUUUGCAUUCGCGUGUAUUUAUUUAUACUUCCGUUAUAAAUACACAUAUUGGACUAGAAAAGGUGUAUCGCAUUUAAAACCCAAGUUUCCUCUAGGUAACAAUGAGUGCAUUGGUACUGAAGCAUUUUCCUACGGCAUCGAAACCGUCGAAUGGUAUAAGGAAUUCAAAAGACGCGGGCUGAAAUGUGGAGGCGCCUGGAGUUGGUGCAAUCCAGUUUUGAUUGUAACCGAUCCCGGUUACAUCAAGGAAAUUCUGCUGAAGAGUUUUCCCAGUUUCAGCACCAGAGACUUCUAUCACAAUCCGGAAUACGACCCUAAAAACGAAAAUAUUUUCGUGGUGGACAAGGAAGUAUGGAAAAAUCUGAGGCAAAAGCUGACGCCUGUUUUCACGACAGCUAAAAUGAAGCUGAUGUUUUUGGCUGUGGUUAAAUGUACCGAACCUAUGAUGGAUAUUUUUGCCAAGAAUGCUGAAACUGAAAAAGACAUAGAUAUAAGAGAGGUAUUUGCCUCUUAUACAACAGACGUAAUCGGUAAUGUAGCUUUCGGAUUGGAUUUUGGUAGUUUCUCGAGUGAAGAAGGCGAAUUUCGUAAAAUGGGCAAAGAAAUCUUCCGUUCAACGCCAAAGAGAAAACUUUACCUUAUGCUCACCAGAAUCUGUGAGCCCAUAGCUCGCUAUUUAGGUAUCAAUAAUAUUCCAGAACCCGUAACUGAAUUCUUCACGGAAACCUUAACAGAAACUGUCAAAUUCAGACAGAUAAAUAAUUCCAGAAAAUCCGAUUUCUUACAGCUGCUCAUCAACCUGUACGAAACCACAAAGGACGAAGAAAAACCUUUUACUUUUGACGAUCUUAUUGGCAACGUGAUUUUGUUUUUCAUAGCCGGAUUUGACACGUCUUCGACUACAAUGAACUUUGCAUUGUAUGAACUUGCCCUUAAUCCCAAAUUACAAGACAAAACCAGGGAAGAAAUACGAAGGGUACUGGAUGAGCACAAAGGAGAGCUUACCUAUGAAUCGUUCAAAGAAAUGACUUAUUUGAGACAAGUGAUAGAUGAAACAUUGAGGAAGUACCCUCCAGUCCAAGCAAUUGCAAGAAAAACCGUAAAACCACACAGAUUCGAGGAUGAAAACUUCACACUAGAAAAAGGCAUAAGCGUCGUUAUUCCCAUUCUAGCUCUAGGAAGAGAUCCAGAUUAUUUCCCAAAUCCUGACCAGUUUGAUCCUGAACGAUUUAACGCUGAAAACAAACAGAAUAUAAAUCAAUAUGCUUACUUACCUUUUGGCGAAGGACCUAGGAACUGUAUCGCUAAACGGUUUGGUUUGAUGCAAACUUCAAUUGGCCUUAUCCAAGUUUUGAAAGACUACAAAGUCAGCAUCAGUCCGAAAACGAAAAUGCCUUUAACCUUGAAAAAAGGUUUGUUUUUGAUGCAACCAAAUGAAACCUUGUAUCUGAGAAUAACCAAAGCUUAAAUUGAAUUUUUUACUUACAAAAUCCAGGCUCGAAUAAUAUUUAUUUAUUUUAUCACUUUUUAAAAUGUAAACUUUAAUAAAUUUUUCCAAAACCGAU